AUGAACAACCUCCCGGUUAGGGCAUGCGAGAGCCCCUUCUACGACGUGCCCUCUGACCAUCGGAUCACCUCCUACCCUACUGGGACCAAGAUCAUUUCUACAUUUGCUUUGUUGCUUCUGGGAUAUUAUGCUCUGUCUUUAUUCGACGCGCGGCCUUCGACCUUCAAAAGAGCUGUCUACGAAUUCGUCGUCUGCAUCACUCCUUCCCCCCUAAUUUACGCGAUGCAGUACGGCAUGGUUCGCCUGGGUCGUCUGCGUCCGGAGGAAGCCAAUUUCAAGAAGGAAAACUUUGGGGACAUGGUUGCAAAACAGGAGGCUUUUAAGGUGAUACUGGGACAACCACAAUUGCCCCUUGCACUUCGACAGGUUAGGAGCCUGUCCAGUUCAUACGGGUCUUCGGGACACGGAACUGGGCCUCCUGGAUUGGGAAACUGGGAUAACUCCUGCUACCAAAACAGCGUGCUACAGGGUUUGGCUUCGUUGCCGGCCUUCAUUGAAUAUCUACAGCGGAGCCUGGAAUUGUGUGAGCGAUCCGACACUCCUGCGGCGACACACCGAGCUCUAGUCACUUUUCUGGGACAAUUGUCUAAUCCGAACUCUCCCUCUACCGUCCUUUGGACUCCUAGGAUCCUCAAAUCUAUGGACAGCUGGCAACAGCAGGAUGCCCAGGAGUAUUUCUCACGUGUUCUUGAUGCGGUGGAAAAAGAGGCCAACCAAUGCGUCCACAGAUUGAAACGGUCUACAAUUGCGGGUUUGGAAUGCCUCAGAGCACUCGAGGAGGAGGUUGUCUCGUCAGAUGCGCACGGGGAACAGUAUUGCUCCGGAGGGUCAUCAACUGGCAGAAUUGGCGGCCAUCCAGCAGCAGGGUUGAGGGAAUUCGGAUUGCGGAAUCCUAUCGACGGCAUGACUGCACAAUGUCUUGAGUGUAGAAUAUGUGGCUUCACCGAGGGUCUCUCCUUGACGCAAUUCAACUGCAUGACCUUAAACCUGGGAUUACAAGGGGCUUGUGAUAUCACCGAUUUGCUCGACGAAUAUACAGCACCAGAAGAAGUUGAAGAUGUUGAAUGUGAGAAUUGCACAAAGCUGGCGCAUGGUGAGAUGGAAUCCACAGCAGACGAGGACAAAGGAUCAGAGCGAUCCAACGUCGAGCCAAAGGAGAAGAAAAAGCCAGUUUUGCGUACCAAGGCAAAGCAAAUCACUGUUGGACGGCUGCCCAAAGACUUGGUUCUCCACAUCAACCGAAGUAUUUUCGAUAACUACGGAAAUCAGCUGAAAAACACCGCACCUGUGAGUUUCCCCGCUCGAUUGGAUUUCUUGAGUCGUUGGUGUGCUCCCCUGGACAAGAGCGAUGACUCGAUCGAAACCGUGUACGAGCUGAAAUGUGUUUUGACGCAUUACGGCAGUCAUCAUGAUGGUCACUACAUUGCCUUGGGGAAACGAGAUAAAGGUUGGUAUUCAUUCAACGACGAGCGUGUGACCGGGAUUACCGAAGAGGAAGUCCUCUCUCGGGGAAACGGAUUCAUGCUGUUCUACGAAACUGUUGGUGCACCACCUCCUUCUCGACCAGAACUGGAAAUGCCAAAAGGAGCGCUUGCAACCGAUGCAGGCCUGGACGAGGUUAUCCAGCAGAUGGAGGAUCACCCUAACCUGGAGCAAACGGUUGAGGUAGAGACGCGGCCCAUUGGACUUUUUGAUGAUGAUGUCGACGACAUGGCCGAAUCGGAGUCCGACCUCACUCCAUCCAGCGAGGUUUCUCACGAUUCCAACUCUGCUUCUUCCAGUAGCAGCUCGCCUGUCAAGGCGUUGGCGGAGGAUUCCGAGACGCAGAUUGGGGCCAUGGGAAUUCCAACCAUGAAUUUAAAGACAGCCUCCGACAUCUCCAGUCACGUUACCCGAGAUCCGUCCACCGAAGGAACAACCCCUGCCGUCCCUGUCCUCUGA